AUGGCAACAUCUCAAUUAAGAGCAAUUGGCGUCUUUGCGCGUGGUGCGCGCCUCUCCCAGCGCGCCUUCACCACCUCCGCCCGGCAAUUCGAGGCUGCUGUCUCUACCAAAACUAACGAGACUGCCCCCGCCCCGGUCAACGAGAACAAGCCUGUUGUGAUCAAUCAAGCUCCCAACCGCGUCGGUGUCUGGUCCCGUAGCCAGAGGCCGCGUUCUCAGGCCAUGACCGGCCCCCGAUUCGAGCAGACCGACUUCGAUCUCCAGCCUCAACCCAAAGCCGCCAUUGAGAUGAUUCACAAGCAACCCGUUACAUGGACGCACGACCGCAUUGUUGCCUGCAAUGGCGGUGGUGGCCCUGAGGGUCAUCCUAGAGUCUUCAUCAACACCGACAAGCCCGAGAUUGCUGUUUGUGGCUACUGCGGCCUGCCUUUCGCCCACGAACACCACCGAACCCAUCUCGAAUCCCUCCCAGAGACUUCUUACCCUCUAUCAUAA